UGUUACUAUGAAUGAAUACUGAUGGUGAUUGAGUAGCUUUAUUGUUAUAUUACAAGAUUAUAACUCCUUAAGUCGCAUACUUUGGAAUACUCUUUACCCAUGCAUAUCAUUCAAACCAUUAAAUACCAUUAUUUAGGCACAAUUUACUGUAUACUGAGGACUUUAUUGGGGAUAAAUUACCGGAAUAAUCGCAUAUUUCAGUUUAAAAAUCGCAAAACAUUUGAAAAUGGGACGUCAUGUAACACUCUCGUACACAGGACUGAUCACAGAGAUAUCUCUGUAAAUGGCACUUUUACACGUGAAAAUAGCAUUCAAAGCAAUAACACAACUUUGGAUCGUGGAAGACGGAAUGAACCAAAACAUCGACAUAUCAAUGCUACAUUUGGUCCAUUCAAUCCUCCGUCUUUCCCUCUGUACAGGGAUUCAUCCAUCUCAGCCUCAUCUUUAUCUUCAAACUUAAAAAACUUCCACACUUAUGUUUAUAAUCUUGGAAGCACCCAUUCCGUUCACCCGGAAUUGUUGCACAGAUUUGGACCUUUUAUGGUUCACAAUCGUAUGUUUUCGACUAGAAACAUUCGGGGCCGUUUGUUUUAUAAGAGAAGACCAAAGAUGGUUCCUCGGUACAAGCCAAAGAAGCGUAGGUCAUGCUGGUUGGAAGGAGCCCCUCAGAGGAAGGGGAUUUGUAUCGCGAUUCGGGUGGUUACACCUAGGAAACCGAAUUCGGGGUUAAGGAAAAUUGCAAGAGUGCGUCUUACCACUGGAAGGACAGUAACAUGCCAUAUACCCGGUGCAGGUCAUAAUUUGCAUACACAUUCCGUGGUUUUGGUGCGAGGUGGACGAUGCCAAGAUGUAAGUGGAUGUCACUACAAGGUUGUGAGAGGGAAGUAUGAUUUACUACCUGUAAAGAACAGAGGUACUUCAAGGUCAAAGUACGCUGUAAAAAGACCAGAUGCCGCGGCGGAGAAGAAUAAGGAGAGGAAGAAAGACAUUCAUAUUACCACAAACUUGGAUAGAGAAAUGUUCAACCUUGUAGGGAGAUAUGAUUGGAUAAAUGCUGAAGGAGAAUACAGUGAGGAACUUGGACCUAAAGAUCCUCUUCCAUAUGACGUUUUCAAGUUCAACACAAGGUGGAGAAGUCUACAAGUCAAACACGCAGGACAGUAGAUGAACACACAAACUUGCC